ACUGCAUACAUAUAUUAUUUAUACGGCCAGUGUCUGGGGAGAAUAGAUUUUUUUAAAAAAAAGAGAGAGAGGAUACCUUCAUGUUGUUUGUCAUUAAAGACGAUAAUAUCAAUUGAUCGAUGCCACGCUUACGGAUCAUUUCACACUUAACAAGCAAACUAGAAUAAUCGAGUACGGAAUACAGAAGGAAUAUUCGAAACAAAUAUAUGCAAAUACAGUGUCAAUACAACGGAUCUACAACAAAUCACAACUAAAAAAAAAUUUAAAAAAAAUAACAUAUCCGUCGCUCUGAUCGUUGUUGUUGAUGAUAAUGAUGCCAGCCACAACAAUUGUGAUGAGAUGAUAUCAAAUGUGUUGCGCGCCUAUCGGUCAUGAAUGAGUUGUUGAAAGUUUAAUUAAUUUCGAUCAGUUCGCUUAACUUUGCUCGAGUGUUAGUAGUAGUAGAGUGUGAAAAGUGUCAAAAAAAUUUGCUAAAUCGAAUAACAGUGAUGAUUUUGUGUGAAUAUUUCAAAUUAACAAGAGCAAUUUAAAACAAACAAAAAAAAUAAAGAAGCAAAAUAAAAAGUUCAAAACAAUUAACGAUUAAAUACACUUCAGGUGUUGUCGAAUUGAUUGAUUACACAGAAAGAAAGAGAAAAAAGUUUACUAUAAAUAAAUAAUUAAUUAAAUUUAAAUAUAAAAUAAAACAAAUUCAAUUAGUGUAAAAGAUAAUUAAAGUGCAAAUAUCUGACACUAAUAUGAGCUAAAUGAAAGACAUUUGAAAUACACACGAAUUUAAAAGAAACAAAUUAAAUUGAAUUGAAUAAAAAAAAAAAAAUAUUUAGAUCUUGAUUGAAAACAAAUACGUAACAAAACAAAAAAUAAUCCUAAAUAAAUCGAAUAUUUUGUGUGCGAAAAUUUAAAUAUUUGUAAAAAAAAAGUGUUAUGCAUCAAGCUGUUUAUAUGAGACCUUCAUCGAAUAUCAUGGGUCCCACGGAAUGUACUAGUGCCAUUAUGUCAUCCAUGUCAUUUAUCGACAAUAAUGGAUUAGCUGCCAACAUAACGGAUUAUGGUUGUUAUACCACAGAUCCUUGGUCUUCGCCCUACAUGGGUAGUUUGAGUCCAAUGAAACAAAUCGAAGCCUGCAUCCAAACAGCCGGUAAAGAUCGCACCACCUAUAAACCUCUUGAACGCACCGAUUCAAAAAUGACAGAUGGCGAUACGAAUAGCACGUGCAGCGGAAAAGAAGAAUCUGUCAACGCCUCAACAAAUUAUAGUGGCAGUGACACUAACAAUAACAACAAUAGCAGCAGCAAUAAUAAAAAAUCAAAUAAAAACAAAACAAAAGAAUCAACGACAAAUAAUAAAUUAGAAGAAUCCAUUCACCCACUAUUGGCUCAGGCCGUUGUAGUCUUGGAAACAAAAUCACUUUGGGAUAAAUUUCAUGAACAGGGUACAGAGAUGAUUGUAACAAAAUCAGGACGUCGCAUGUUUCCUACAUUUCAAGUACGCAUAGGCGGUUUGGAUCCACAGGCCACCUAUAUAAUGAUGAUGGAUUUUGUACCAGUCGAUGAUAAAAGAUAUCGAUAUGCAUUUCAUAAUUCCAGUUGGGUAGUAGCUGGUAAAGCCGAUCCCAUAUCACCACCACGUAUUCAUGUCCAUCCCGAUUCACCAGCACAGGGAGCUAAUUGGAUGAAGCAAAUAAUAUCGUUUGAUAAACUAAAAUUAACCAACAAUCAAUUGGAUGAAAAUGGACAUAUCAUAUUAAAUUCUAUGCAUCGUUAUCAGCCACGUUUCCACAUAGUCUAUCUGCCACCCAAGAACACUUCAUUGGAUGAAAACGAACACUCUGGUGAUUUCCGUACAUUCAUUUUUCCAGAGACAUCGUUUACAGCAGUCACAGCCUAUCAAAAUCAACGUGUAACCCAGUUGAAAAUUGUAAGCAAUCCCUUUGCAAAAGGUUUUCGAGAUGAUGGAACUGGUGAUGCAACAUCGGGUAUGAAUCAAAUGAGCCAUGAAUCACAUGCCAGAAUGAAACAACAUCACAAUGCCCAACAACAGCAACAGCAGCAACAACACCAUCAACAUCAGCAGCAUCAACAACAGUUAAAGGCCCAUCUCAAAGAUAUUAAUACAGUGGCAGAAAUGGAAAAUCAUCAAAAUUCCCUACUAACACAUGUGGCCACAACAUCACCAAAUCACAUGAACACUUCAUCGUCUACCCCCUCCACUACCGGCACUUCACCAGACCUCUUAAAUUAUCAGUCACUGACAACAACAGCCACAAAUGCCCUGAGUGGUGGACACAUGAAUGGCAAUUGUAUAUCGCCUAAAACGGAUCACUCCCACCACAGUGCCAAUUCACCUUAUGGUGGUGCCCACUCACAUCAUACCUCCUCGAAUUUAGUGGGUUUGUCGUCUAAUAUCUCUAUGCCCAGUGCGGCGCAUCACACUACCACACAUCUCAAUCUGAAUCUUAAUACCCAAGUAGUGCCCCAGCAGACCUCACCUCCAACACAUCACAAUCAUGGCCAGGUUAUGGGUGCUAGCAAUAUUUAUUCAUCCAUUGGCCAGCCCUAUACCACCGAUAAUGGCAGUUAUGGUCCCAUUUAUCAUCAUCACCACAAUGCCGCCCACUAUCAUGGCCAUUCGUAUGCCACGCCCUAUGACAAACUGAAAGUUUCUGGCCAUAUGCGCCAAACCCACGCUGUUUCAAAUACCACCCUCAGUGGCAAUAGUGUUAGUACACCUUCUCCCAACUCCUAUGCCAUGAGCAGCUAUCAAUCGUUUUAUGGCUCUCCACAUCAAAUGAUGCGACCUGGUGGCUACCUUGAUUUGGUACCCAGAUAAAUAAAUGUGUAUCCCAAAUAAAAUUAAUGUGCAAUUAAGCAAAACCAAAGAUUACUCUAUAUAAAUAGUAUUAUGAUUAAUAAAUAAAUAAAUAUUUGAAACACCUAAUAAUA